AUGGAUUUCUCUUCGUUUGAUGUUGAAGACACCGAAGAUUAUGAGGGAGCUAGGUUGGCUGUCGUCCCGGACGACUCCAUCACGUCCCAGCUCCAGGAACUUGCUCCUUCGAGUCCCGGAAGCACCCUUCUCCCUUCUCCCGUGGCCCGGGCCGUCAGCUUCGCAACAAGAUCAACCAGUCUUGCCCUCCGGGUAGGCACCCUCUUGACCGGCUAUGGCUUCGACGCUGCCAAGAUGACCACCUUAUCUAGCUUGGAGAUGGGCCGUUUUGUCCUCGAAGGAAUCCUCGGCAGGGCUGGCAGAGACGCGAUUGCACGUUCUUCUUCGGAACAUGGGAGAAAGGAGGCCGAGAAUAUGCUGGAAAAGAGCUUGGAGAACCUACACCGGACCAUGAGUCAGAUUCUCUUUUGGACAACAACCGGCUUCCAUGUGACGGGAACAACCAUUGCCAUGUUCUCCGAGUCCUCACAACUUCUCCUUUCCACCUUGGACCAGUUCUUCGGGUCGACUGACUCUUCUCGCGCCAUGGCCAGCAUCAUCACGCUUAUACGAAGGGAGUUUCAAAAUCCAGCUACUGGCGCACAAGGCGAACAAGUGGGAGUUCUGGAUCUGAUGCUUGGACUCUGCGGCAUGGCAUAUUUGCAGAGAUGGUGUCGACGAUCGCUUGAGGAGGAGACGCGGGCGCUUCAGAUCGAAGAGGUCAUCUGGGAUGUCGUGGUUCUCAGUGAUGGUAUGCGGGUCGACGUCCGCGAGGAGAGUGUUUAUGGUGUACAUGACGGUGAGUUCACAGAGGACUUGUCUCCCACUAGCGGCAGCGGCGCACACGAUAGCGAGGAAGAUGCAGAAGAAAGGAUCAAAAACCAAAUAAUCAAAUCACUCGGCGACAACGCCAAGGUUUCCAUCACCACCAAGAUAAACACCACAAAAACAAUCACCGUCGACAUUCAAGGACCGAUACACGACAUACCCGUCUCCCCGCCACCUGGAGUUGAACUCAUUGAGGAGAGCAGAAACACCCGUCAAGUCUCCCCACAGACACAGGUUGCGGCGGACCACAGCCCACAUGCCUGUCGUGUUGUGUACCGGCUGAAUCGCAACCAGGAGAGAAGGUAUUCCAUCACCAAGGAGGAUGGGGAUAUCAGCCAAGUAACCGGAUACGUCGAGCAGCUGGGCGACACUGACGACACCAUGUCGCAGGCCUCAUUGCCAACAGUUGACGCCUUACCUCCGGUACCGACCAAGUCGCUAGAACACACGCCAGAUUCUGCUAUUCCCCGUCCUGGCUCUUCCGCGUCAGCUGCCUCCAGCUCUUCCAAGAGUCGCAUCCCGUCACUUCAAAUGCCCAAGAAGCGGAGCGAGAACGCGGCAAACCAGAAGCGACCUCGAAUACCACCCACAGCCUCCUCGUCAAACAAGCGUCAGGAAAUGGCAGCAUCGCGGGCAUCUGGCAGUCGCUUUCUGUCGUCGAGAAGCAGGGAGGAUGCCGAGUCGAAAAGGAAACCAGUCGAGAAGAAGAGCGGGUUUCGGAAGUUCUUUAGCAGAGAUGAUGCCGAUUCGGAUACCCCGUCACGCAAGAAGAAGUCAAGUCAAAGUUCUAGCAGUACAAGGUUGACCAAGCCUGAACCUUCAAAGUACAAGUCUGCUUUACCUAGUCCUGUCCGGCCUUCUGCUCCUCAUCGUCCUUCGGCUUCUUCCCGUCCAACUCCCCGCCAGUCUUCCGCUUCGAUCCCUAGGAUAGAGGAACCUGGGGUAUCUCCGAAGAGCAGCUCGAGUAGCCUCGGGAGGAAAAACGUUGAGAGGUCUUCAUACCUACGGCCUCCAUCGCGGACGAGUUAUAUUUCGGUUCAUGAGAGUCGCCGCGACUCAGUAUAUUCGCAAACCGAAUCGUACUCCAUCUCUCACUCCAGGCCUUCCUCGCCGUGCGCAAUCGAAACUGACGACGAAGAUGUCGGCUCACUGGUCAACCCUCGAUUAUCCGAUCCUGCCCUCUCCCACCCGUACGGCCUCCCAUCACCAAGAAACCCGAGACGGGUAAAGUCAAGAUACACACCGAGCAUCUAUACCCUCCCACACGAAUCAACAUCGUCCCUCAUCCCCUACCGGGAUCCGCACAAAAGCGCGUUCAGCAACACAGAAGCACUGCGAGAACUGCGCCAAGCCGGCAUGGUGGAAGGCAUAUUUCCCAAAUACCAUCUCCUCCGCAACAUCACCCGCUUCAUGCGUUUCGCCUCGGCCUCGUACGGCUCCAACUUCCUCAAGAUGCUCGGCAUCGCCAAAGAGAUGCCCAUCCUGCGCGCCUUAGACACCGAGACCCACCACGAACUUCGCUCCUUCGCGCACCACACCGAAUCCGACGCCGGCAGCAUUCUGCUCUCCUCCUUCGUCGACCCUCAAGGCGGAUCCGACGGGACCGGGUCAACCAACACGGGCGUGCCCCUAGUGCACUACAUCAGUCUCGACCACGACUCCAAAGCCGUGGUGCUCGCCUGCCGCGGCACUUUGGGCUUCGAGGACGUCCUGGCCGACAUGACGUGCGACUACGACGACCUCGUCUGGCGCGGCAAGGCCUACAAAGUGCACAAGGGUAUCCACGCCUCGGCCAAGCGUUUACUGUAUGGCGGCGACGGCCGCGUGCUGUACACGCUCAAACAAGCCCUGGAAGAAUUCCCCGACUACGGCCUCGUGCUCACCGGCCACUCCCUCGGCGGCGGCGUCACGGCUUUGUUGGGCGUCAUGCUCUCGGAACCUGCUCCCGGGUGCAACUCGACCUCGUUCGUCACGUCAGCUGAUCCGCACACGCACCUGCUAGGCGACUCUUUGCUCAACGGGUUUGCUGCUACUCAACCGCCGAGGCACGUCUGCUUACCCUCGGGCCGGCCCGUCCACGUGUAUGCAUACGGCCCGCCGAGUACCAUGUCUGCAUCGCUGUGCAAGGCUACAAGAGGAUUGAUCACCAGCAUCGUCAAUGGAAACGACAUGGUUCCUUACCUAUCUCUUGGAGUGCUGCAUGAUUUCCAGGCGGUCGCGCUGGCGUUCAAGACGGAUAAUAAUGAAGCCAAAGUCGAAGUGCGCCAGCGGAUUUGGGAGGCUUUCCAGACGGGGAUUGCGGAUAAGUGGUACGGGGGGAAUCAGUCGUCGCAGUAUUAUCCUGGCAGUGGUGGUGAUGCAUCAUUCUCAUCGUCACCACCAGGUGCCGGCGGUGACAGAGGACGCAACACGGCCCCCGAAUUCUCAGACGACGACCAAUGGGCCUACGCCGCCCUAAAAGUGUUGAGGGCGAGUAUGAUGAGCCAUAAACUUUUGCCCCCAGGGGAGGUGUUUGUGGUGGAGAGUACCAGAGUGCUGAGAAGGGAUGCGUUUUUGUUGGAUGGAGAGGAAGGGCAUUUGGGGAGGCCGGCGCAGAGGAUUGUACUCAAGUAUAUUAGGGAUGUGGAGCACAGGUUUAGGGAGGUCAGGUUUGGGACGUCAAUGUUGACGGAUCAUAGCCCGGGGAAGUAUGAGGAUGCGCUGAAUAAAUUGAGGGCGGGGGUUAUGGAUGCUGCUUGA